ACCAUGGAGAUCGUCUAUGUUUACGUGAAAAAGCGCAGUGAGUUUGGUCGACAAUGCAGCUUUUCCGACCGGACGGCAGAGAUCAAUGUGGACAUUCAACCCAAUUCGUUGCUUGCCAUGAAUUUUAUUGAAAAAGACCCCAUUGAUACUGGAGUGCAGUGUGCCAGUGACAUGUCAGAACAUGAGGUUAACACAGAAAGGUUUGAAAUGGAAACGCGGGGCAUUAACCACAUGGAAGGUGGCUGGCCUAAAGAUGUCAACCCACUGGAAAUGGAACAGACCAUUCGCUUCCGGAAGAAAGUUGAGAAGGAUGAGAACUAUAUCAACGUCAUUACGCAGCUCGGCAGUCUGAUGGAUCACUGCAUCAAACAGAAUAAUGCCAUCAAUAUCUACGAAGAGUACUUUGAGGAAGAGGAGACGGCAGGAGUUACAGAUGAGCCUCCAUCAGCAAAAACAAUCAACGUCUUCAGGGACCCAAACCCAAUCAAAAGGACAGCCACCCAUCUCUCCUGGCACCCUGACAGAAGCCGGAAACUGGCGGUCUCUUAUGCAAGCCUCGAAUUCCAGCGGAGUUCCAAAGACAUGAGCUACGACUCCUACAUAUGGGAUCUUGAAAUUCCCAACAAACCAGAACUGGUUAUCCGGCCUUCCUCACCUCUAGUCUGCUUAGAGUACAACCCCAAAGACUCACAUAUCCUGGUUGGAGGAUGCUACAAUGGACAGAUUGCUUACUGGGACACCCGGAAAGGAGGGCUGCCGGUGGAAUUGACCACAGUCGAGCUUAGUCACCGGGAUCCUGUCUACAAUGCGAUCUGGCUGCAGUCCAAAACAGGAACCGAUUGCUUCUCUGGCUCCACUGAUGGACAGGUCUUGUGGUGGGACAUUCGUAAGCUAUCUGAGCCCACCGAGACACUGGUAAUGGACAUCAGCAGAAAAGGGAUCUUGGAAAAUGCUUUAGGAGCCAUUGCACUGGAGUUUGAGCCAACCAUGCCAACCAAGUUCAUGGUGGGCACAGAGCAAGGGAUGGUGAUUUCUUGCAACCGCAAAGCCAAGACUCCUGCAGAAAAAAUUGUCUGCACAUACAGUGGGCACCAUGGGCCCAUUUAUUCCCUGUCUAGGAAUCCUUUCUAUCCCAAGAACUUUCUGACAGUUGGGGACUGGACUGCACGCAUCUGGUCAGAAGAGAGCAAAGAAUCAUCAAUUAUGUGGACUAAAUACCAUAUGGCUUACCUCACAGAUGGGUGUUGGAGCACUACUCGGCCAGCGGUCUUCUUCACCACCAAGAUGGACGGGACCCUUGACGUCUGGGACUUCCUCUUCAAACAGAAUAACCCUACGCUCAAUCUGAAGGUCUGUGAUGACCCUCUCUUCAGCCUGCGUCUACAGGACAAUGGGCGUUUUAUUGGCUGUGGCUCCAAGCUGGGCACAGUGACCCUGCUGGAGGUUUCGUCUGGCCUUUGCACCUUGCAACGUAACGAGAAGAACCUGGCGUCCGCAAUGUUUGAGCGGGAGACGAAGCGGGAGAAGAUCCUGGAGGCGCGGCACCGUGAAAUGCGUCUCAAGGAGAAGACCAAGGCCGAGGGCAAGGAGGAAGAAGUCAAAGAUGACAUGGAAGAUGAGAAACCCGAAGAGACGCUGGAGCGCGUGCAGAAGGAGUUCUUUGACGUCAUCGAGGGAGAGCUCAGGCGCAGAGAGCGCGCUCGGACCAAGCAAAAGUCAAUCGCAGGCCAGGAGCAGGAGCUUGACGAAGAGGACGACGAAAUAAUCCUUCCUAAGGAGGAGGAGGAAGAAGAGGAAGAGGAAUGA